AUGAAGAGAGACCACUCUGGCUGGUUUAUGAAGUACAAAGUUGAUCUUAAUCCAAUUGCAGCAACAUUUCCUGAGAUGACUAAGGGCUAUAUUGAUCCAAUAAACUUGCAUUCUUAUGCAUUUUUGUCCAAUUAUUGUUUUCGACUACUAAAAGUUUUUGUAGCUGUUUGGUAUGGCUCAGUUUCUGAGAAAAUCCAAUUUAACCAGCUGAUGUUAGGUCCCCAUUUUCAUAUUAACUCGAUUGCUGAAAUUUAUGCCGGUUUUCAUGUAAGAAACUCAUGGUCAAAUGAUGCUAUGAAUGCUGUAUCAGAAAUGAUCUCCAUGGAAAUACAACAUGUUUCAAAUUCAAGUACCAAAUCAGCUGAAAUGAUAGGCAACAACGACGAUAUUCUCAUUAACAUUCUUGUUCGUCUCCCAUUAAAAUCUCUCCUGAGAUUCAGAAACGUGUCAAAACACUGGCUCUCUCUGAUUUCUAGCCCCUACUUCUGCCUCUGCCUUAAUGAGAGAUCAAUAUUUCCCUCUGCCCUCUUAUUGCGGAAGUCGGCUUCUUCAAACAAGCCCGAAUUCUACUUCCUUUGGCUAGAUGGAAAGCCGGUUCACGAACCAUUGAUUAGAUCUCUCACUUUUAUUGAUGACUCUGCAGGCAUCAAGAUUUCACAAUCUUGCAAUGGCUUGUUGUUGUGCUGCAGCAACAGCAGGAAUGGAGAACCCAACCGGAACUACUACAUUUACAAUCCUACAACCAACCAAUACACUACCCUUCCCAAGCCUGGUAACAGAAUCCCAAACACCAUUUUUGGUGUUAUUUUAGCUUUUGAUCCCUCGAAAUCGCCCCACUACAAAGUUGUUUUUGUUCGGAGUUCAAAGACUUCCCCUGAUCUGUAUCAGUUGGAGAUAUACUCAUCUGAAACUCACCUUUGGAGUUUCUCUAGGGAAAUUCCAAAGUUUAAGUACCGUCAAGGGGUAUAUUGUUCUGGUGCCAUUCACUGGAUUAGCAACUAUGAGUCUUUGCUAUGUUUUGAUGUUGAUCAAGAAAGUUUUCAAGAGAUGCCAAUGCCUGAAAUUCCUGAUGAUUGGAACCAAAGCUUCAAGUGCAGAUACUUCAGGGAAUUCGGAGGCCGCCUGCAUCUUAUUUCUACAAAUGGCAGGCACAGUACCAGGCAGUUUGAUGUUUAUGAGAUGGAAAAAGACUCUUCUAGGUGGUUUGUGAAGUACCAAGUCGACCUCAAUGCACUUAUAUCGACAUAUCCCGAGAUGACUCGUAGCAACUCUCACCCAGCAGAUUGGGAUUAUCAUGCAUUUAGAGUUCUAGCUGUCGUUUGCAAAGAAAGGGAAGGGUCAUUCAUGGUGUUACAUAUACCUGGUAAGAUCAUCUCUUACAGUUUCAAAGAUAAAACUUCAACUUUGCUCCAUGAUUUUGCUCCUGGUUGCACAGCCAUUGACGGUUGUAUAGUGUUCAAAGAAGACGAUGCUUAUCCCUAUACUGGAACUUUCGCCAUUGUAUGA